AACCGAACUUCGUGGGUUCCUUCGAGAUCGGAGAGUACGUGUUUUUCUUCUUCAGAGAGACCGCAGUCGAGUACAUCAACUGCGGCAAAAGCGUUUACUCGAGAGUGGCGCGCGUCUGCAAGAAGGAUACCGGCGGUAAGAACAUCCUCGCGCAAAACUGGGCCACCUACCUGAAGGCCCGUCUCAACUGCUCCAUCCCCGGCGAGUUUCCCUUCUACUUCAACGAAAUCCAAUCCAUCUACAAAGUACCAGGAGACGACAACAAAUUCUACGGCACCUUCACCACGUCCACGAACGGCCUCAUGGGUUCAGCCAUCUGCUCCUUCAAGUUAGAGGAUAUCCAAGUCGCGUUCAACGGGAAGUUCAAGGAGCAAGCUACGUCCUCUUCGGCGUGGCUUCCAGUUCUUUCGAAUCGUGUACCAGAACCGCGUCCGGGAACUUGCGUCAACGAUACCGAAACCCUUCCCGACACCGUCCUCAACUUCAUCAGAUCUCAUCCCCUCAUGGAUUCCGCUGUGAUGCACGAGAACGAGAAACCCGUCUUCUUCAAGAGAGAUCUGUUCUUUACGAGACUCGUGGUGGACAAGAUCAAAGUGGACAUCGGCGGCGCCGUCCUCGAUUACACUGUUUACUACGCAGGAACGAGUGAUGGUCGUGUACACAAGAUCGUUCAGUGGGCUAACAAGAACGAGGAAUCGAACUCUAUCCUUCUGGACGUGUUCGAUGUCACGCCCGGCGAAGCGAUCCAAGUGAUGGAAAUUUCCAAAGUGCACAAAGCCCUGUACGUCGCCUCCGACCAUCGCGUCAAACAGAUCGAUCUGGUGAUGUGCAAUCGCCGUUACGAUAAUUGCCUUAGGUGCGUCCACGAUCCUUACUGCGGAUGGGACAAAGACUCCAACGUCUGCAAACCGUACUCACCUGGACUUCUUCAAGAUGUUUCCAACAGCACGAUAGACGUGUGCGACAGCAGCGUCGUCAAGAAGAAGAUGGUAGUGACUUGGGGCCAAAGUCUUCAUUUGGGCUGCUUCUUGAAGAUGCCCGCAGUCCUCGCCUCGCAAACCAUCACCUGGUACCACUAUUCCAAGGAGAAGGGACCGUACAAGAUCGUCUUCAGACCGGACAAAUACAUCGAAACCUCAGAGCACGGACUGGUGAUCAUUGCAGUGACGGAAGCGGACGCUGGUCGGUACGAUUGCAUGAUGGGAGCAUCGCUUCUGUGCUCAUACAACGUCACCGUCGACGCGCACAGAUGUUCACCGCCGGCGAAGAGCAACGACUACCAGAAGAUCUACUCGGACUGGUGUCACGAGUUCGAGAAGUACAAAUCCGCGAUGAAGACUUGGGAGAGGAAGCAAGCACAAUGCGCAUCGCGACACAACGACAGCAACCAGAAUAGCCACCCGAAUGAGAUAAUGCAUCCCUUCGUCUGAUAGCUGAUGCAGCAUGGUCCAUUGGCAUUAACCUUCUUGGGAAUACCUCUGUAUUGGACUCGUGUGCUCUUCGUGUAAAUAUUACGAGUGCCCUCAACAACAACAACAAACAACAACAACAACAAAAUGAACUAGUUUCAUCCAAUAAUUUCUUAAAUUCAAACGAAUUUCCCUCCCCAAUUUAAUUAUUACCUUGAAAAUAAUUAAUCGCGCAACUAAAGUUAGAGACACAGUGAAAACAA